CCUUCCAGCAUCCAAACGCUGAUGCCUGCUGCAGAUGCAGGCGCCGGAUCAGGGACAAAAGUAGAAAAACAGCCGUCUGUCUCCGGGAAAUCGCAGCCUGCAGAUGGCGCAGGUGAUGGUGGAUCAGAGGAGCCACCGCAUGCCCUGGACGUGGCACGCUUCCGCCGGCUGAACUCGCUCAUCCACCGUGAGAACGUGGACGUGGACGAACUCCUGCAUCUGGUGGAGCAGGAUUACCACGUGAACCUCAUGCUCGACCCCUUGCUCAGCUUCGUCAUCGCCUGCAAGAAGCCCAAGCUCGCCUGCCGCCUCAUCGACAAAAUAUCAUCAAAUGACAUGCUCACGGCCUCCAACUACGACGGCUACACGGCGCUUCACGUAGCUGCCGCCAUGGGCUACAAAGCAGUGGCCUCGGAGCUGAUCCGCAGGGUGCCAGAUCUCGUUCAUGUGCGGAACCGGAAGCAGGAGAUACCGCUACAUAAGGCGGCCCUGUACGGGCUGCAGGACAUGUUCUGGCUGCUGGUGGAAAAGAGCAGCUCACCGGAAGCCCGGAGGGAGGACGGCGCCACCAUGCUGCACUGUGCCAUCAUGGGCAAUGCGCCGGAGCUCGCAUUGCAGAUUGCAAGGUCUUAUCCAGGUCAGAUCACAAAAGUCGAUCAGCAUGGUGUAACCUCGUUGGAUCUAAUGUUGACCAUUCCCGAGUUAUUCCGAAGCCAAACUCCCCUUGACUUCUACGAAUCCUUCCUAUAUGUCAUGGUUCCAUCGGAAGAGGGCUGUGGCAAGACAAACGAUAAAGAUGCAGAAGAGGAAGCGAGAAGCUCUAACGAUAUUGUCUCGGAUGCACGACGUGACUACGAAUCUCUGGAGAGGUCGAGAGGAAUUCGUUCAAGAUUCCCACCUCACUAUGACACUCUCUUGGACCUAUUGGAAUUGAUUUGCAUCUUAGCCAGAUGGAGCCUUUUCCACCUUCUAAAGCUGUUUUACCCUACCAUGAAACGUUUGAAGGAGCUAAAGAGACGACAUCAAGCAGCUUUGCAACUCAUCGAGUGCUGCGCCCAACCAAUCAACUUUGACCUUUUUGGGCUAAUACAUAAACCCGUUGGCGUUCGUCCUAAUUAUAACGAAGAAUAUCAUUCUGGAGGGUUCUGGGAAGAGCCUGGAUAUCUCCCGCAUGAAACACCAGUGUCACCAGAGUCUGAGAGGGCGACACCCUUGAUCAAAGCUGCAGAGAUUGGUCUUCACGAGUUCGUGGGCAAGAUCCUGCAGGUGUGCCCACAGUCAGCAACCUAUCUGGACGCCAAGAGCAGAAAUGUUCUCCAAGUCGCAGUCAAGUAUCGUCGCGAGGAGAUUGUCAAGAUCAUAAGGGACAUGAGAACCAUUUUACCAUCCUGGUUAUUUUCCAGAAUUCGCACCAAAACCGGGAACACCAUCCUGCAUCUUGCUUCGCGUGGAAGCCCAGAUGUAGCAAAGGACGAGAAAGACGAACCAGAUGCAAUGCAACUGCAUUACGAUUUAGUAUGGUUUGAGAUGGUGCAAUCAAUUAUUCCUAAAGAACUAGUGCAUAGUCGAAAUAAGCAAGGAAAGACAGCGCAAGAGCUCUUUACAUCGAACCACAAACAGAUGCGUAAGAGUUGCAAGAAACAACUAGUGGGGAUUGCAAGGACAUGUACAAGCGCUGUGGCAGCUGUGGUCUUCGCCAUGAGCUCCUCCUUCUCCCACAUCGACGAUCCAAAAACUGGCGAUUCACCCAUGUUCAAGGCCUUGUCAUACACAUACGUGAUCGGGUUGUCAUUCGCUGCUACAUCUCUGUUCUUGUUGCUGUCCCUCGUCAAUUCAUCGUACAAGGAGCAGCAGUUCCGCCGUGCCAUCCCAACCAAGUUCUUCUUAGCCCGCCUCACAUAUAACAUGGCGUUGGGGACUCUGUUGCUGGCCUUCACAUUCAACACUUUCCUGCAGAUAUAUGGCGUCGAGGGAGCAGAGGAAAAGCAGGAGAUCACAUUCAUGCUGGAGAUCAUCGUCUGUCCAGUUCUCACUUGCCUCCUCCUCUUCUUUCCUGACGCCGUAUUCGGUGCAUUUCGUCGUUUUAUUUGA